AUGCAUGCCAUCGUCUUUAGGGACUUGAUGCAAUUACCCCCCGCGGAGGGUUUGAAGAUAAACGACAAGUUCUUCAGAAUCUUAAACAAGAUUCGGUUUGGAAUCAUCGAUGACGAGGUAAGAUGCACUCUGGAAGAACGAUGGCGCCAAUAUAAUCCACAACAUGUCAUGUGGAAUACCACGUACCUGUCUUCCCUUCGUGAUGAAGCUGCGGCAUUAAACCAUGCGGUUCUCUCCGGCAUGCCAUCAGAGAACCCUAUCUUCGUCGACGAGGCUGCAGCACUAAACCAUGCCGUUCUCUCCGGCAUGCCAUUAGAGAACCUCGUUUUUGUUUCAAAAGCCGAGGAUUUCGAAAACGGAGUAAGGUUACAGCAUUCAGAGCACUCGAAAGUAUUCAAUACGGGGACAAACUUUGCAUCCUCCGUGGUGUGUACUGUUGGGACCAAAGUCAUUUUUCUCACAAACAGCAUGCUCAGCGAGAGAGGGAUCUCUAACGGCUCUAUUGGUGUUAUUACUAAUUUGUUGCCCGACGACGAAGUUGAGGCAGCAUUUCCCACUAAAGAUGGUAUCCAACUUCCAAUCAUCAAUGCAUUUGCGUUGACAAUCCAUAAGGUUCAAGGCCUGUCACUGCCAGCUGUUACCGUCGUCUUGAAUUCUAACAUCUUCUCUGACGGACAAGCAUAUGUGGUAUUGAAUAGAAGAAAGGAUCUCGAACAGGUGUACUUGACCCACUGUGAUUUUGAAGCUAUCAAGGCAGACCCAGAAGCAAUAGCUGAAUAUGAAAGACUGGAAGCUAAGGCAGAACAACUCAAUAGACCAAAUUCUCACUGA